UAUAUGACCUGUUAUCUUACACUCAUUUCGUAUAUCUGGCUUCUCUUUCUAGUUCUUCUCUCUACAAUAACUGGAACUUAUUUCACCUUGCAAUAAAAAAUCCCUGCCUGGAAUCCACUUUGAUUUUACCAUACCCACUUUCUGUUUGUUGAUAAAACGCAGAGAAACUGGAAGAAAUCAAGGGCCAAUAUUGGGAUUUGGGCAUGUGAUUGCUUGGCAGGGGAUGGAACAAGAGAUUAAUGAUACAGAAGCUGAGCUGGCUGAAGCCUCCACAAAAUUGCAGUCAACUGAGAAUAACAAUAUGGAAACUGAGAAUCCUAUUGAAGCAUCGACUAAGUUACAAUCUGAAAUAAACAACAAUGGAGAUGGAAAUCUUGUGGAUGCAUUAACUAAAGGUCAAUCAUCCAGAAAAAGAACCCCCAAAUCAUUGAGGGCCAAAUCUAAAACCAUAGAGAAACCUUCAGCUAACAAUUCUUUGAAGUCCAAGAAAGCUAAAAGCAGUCCAAAAUCUCAAGGAAGAAACAGAAAGAAGAAUAAAGAUAUUAUACAACGCAAGGGAGAAAGAAACAGAAAUGAGCAUGGUGAUGCUAAUAACCUGAAUUCGAGUGAAAAGAAUGUUUCUAAGAAAGAGCACGUUGAGAAUGGCCAAGAGAUUCGAAAGAACCAAGAAAGAUUUGUUGGGUCAAAUAAGGGUCAAAAGAGCCAAAAUAGUGGAGAAAAGCAUGGUGUCUUAGUUGACAGAAGCUCGAGAAAUCAAAAAAACAAAGAAAAACAUGAUGAGAGAGAAAAAAAUGGAUGGGAUGAGAAGAAGAAAGAAAAGCUUGGUGGUAUGAUCUUUAUGUGCAGUGCAAAAACCAAACCAGAUUGUUUCCUCUAUCGUGUCAUGGGUGUCACAAUGAAUAAAAAGGAACUCAUAUUGGGUGUGAAACCUGGACUUAAGCUUUUCCUGUAUGAUUUUGAUCUGAAACUUAUGUAUGGUAUCUAUGAAGCAUCCUCUGCUGGUGGAGUGAAAUUGGAGCCCAAGGCUUUCGGUGGUUCCUUCCCAUUUCAGGUGCGGUUUGUUGUUCGCAAGGACUGUUUUCCAAUCACUGAGAGUGUUUUCAAGAAGGCUAUAAAGGACAAUUAUAAUGAGAAGAACAAGUUCAAAACAGAACUUACUGUUCGACAGGUCCUGAAACUCAGUGCACUUUUCCGCCCAGUUAUAGGGCCUGUACGCUCGCCAUCAAUGGUGACUGUUCAGGAUAGAGAAGUUUAUGCGGGAGCAAGAGACUUACAGGUCCAUUUGGAAAGGGAAGCAUUUGCUAGAGCCAAUCAUGAUGCUAGGAGAUACUCCAUGCUCUCUGAAGAAAGGGAUCGACAUGUUGAAUACCAGCAGGCGGGCUCUAUGCACAGAGAUGAGUUUCCUUGUGAUUUAUUCAUGAGUGAAAAGGAAUAUAGAACGUAUGGCCUUUCAGGAGAGAGAAGAAAGUUGACUCCCUCUCAUCAUAUUCCAUCCACUCUAGACCCAUACCAGAGAGACCAGGAAAGAGAGCACCCUCUUAGACAGCCAGACCCUAUAUACAGAGACACUGUACCUUUGCAAAGAGAAGGCGUUCUGGCUGUUCCUCUCUACUUGAACCAGCCAUAUAAUUCUAGUGGUAGACGUGAAUUGCCACCAGCCAUUACUUCGAUACCUGCAACUUCUUCUGGCUCUGCUCUUGCUGCUUUGGACCCAUACACAAGGGAUCCAUAUUAUACUAACCAUCAUGGUGCUUCAUCUGCAGAUGCAUAUGUGCCACCUCCAAGGAUAGAUGAACUUUCUUCAGGUUCCUAUUAUGUUGAUGGUCGUAGAGAGACUUACCUAUUUGAGGCAGAUCCCUUGCGUAGGAGGGAAGCUGAUCAAGAGGGUAGAUUAUACUCAACGCAUGCUUCUGAUGCAUUGUCAAAUUAUAACAAGUUACUCCAGUACCACGGAGCCAAGCCUGAAACUGCACCUCCAUCAGUUUCAUCUCGGUACUCUUUUGCUGGGCCAUCUGUCUACUAUCGCUAGCCUUGUUUGCAGAUCUCUGCCAUGGAGGUCGAAAAUAACAGAGAUUGGGUGUAUGGUCGAAAAUAACGGAGGAUAGCUCAACCCGUCAUAUUUUGGUUGGGAUGGGAGAUUGAGCACAUCUGAGAGCACAUUCGAGUUUAUUUUAUUUUACCUUUAUUUGGAUUUGUUAAUCAUGUACUUUAGACUUAAUUGUUAGUCCAAUUAUUGGUAAUGUUUUCAUUAGGGUUUGUCUUAAACUAUCCAACUGUAUUUAUCUAUUAUAAAAAUUGCAUCUUUGCAAGAAA